GAGAUUAUCUGGCCAUGGUGGAGUUGCAAUCCAUCUUCAAAAAGGCCUACUGGUCGCUGGCCGCUGCUGGUCUUGUGUACAUGGGCUUUGUCUGCUCCAUGACCUAUCCGACUGUCCAACGAGCAGCUCUCUACGUGAACAAAAUCAACCCUGUGCUGUGGCAAGACGUCAAUCAAGUUGAGAAAUUUGGGUUCCUGAAGACGCAGGUCCAACCCUUCAAUUUGACCACUCCGGAUAAUGAGUCGCUCUACACAUGGCACCUCCUCCCUCUUCACCUGUGCCGGGAGCACGAGGAACUGCUCAAUGCGCACGAGCCGUCGGGUCCCGCGGAGGACUAUACCCAGAGCCCAGCGUUCAGACUGUUGGCGGACGACCCCAACGCUCGUGUGGUAAUCAGCUUCCACGGAAACGCCGCCCACAUUGGCUCCGCGCAGCGACCAGAGAUCUACCGUCAGCUCCUAGGCCUCUCGACGCCAGCGAAUCCCGUCCAUGUAUUCGCAAUGGACUACCGCGGAUUCGGCAUAUCAACCGGUUCCCCAACCGAAGAAGGCCUGAUCACAGACGGAGUCUCCCUCGUCAACUUCCUCACCGCCGGUCCUCUCAAGAUCCCCCCAUCGCGCAUCGUCAUCGUCGGCCAAAGCCUCGGAACAGCCGUCAGCGCAGCGGUAGCAGAGCGAUUCGCAUUCGGAUCUCCCGAUCCCACGGCCAUCCAACCAGCAAUCAAAGACCCCGAGCCAUUCGCCGGCAUAGUCCUCAUGGCAUCAUUCAGCAACGUCCCCAGCCUCAUCGACUCAUACAGCCUAAAAGGAAUAUCACCCCCAAUGCUCUCCCCACUCAUGGGCUACCCACGCAUCCAAAACUGGACAAAGAGCCACAUCCUCGACCGCUGGGACACCGCCGCGCGCGUCGCACGACUAACAGGCGCCGGGCCAACCGCCGAGGAGGACUCCAGCAGCGCAUAUGCACAGAAGGGCCUGGAUCUGGUCGUCGUCCAUGCAUGGAACGAUAACGAAAUCCCAUGGUAUGAAGGCCACCGCGUCUGGCUGGCCGCAACGGGCGAAAAGCAGAAGAGCCCUCCGGGUACUAUUGUCUACGAGCGAAAGGACGCCAACGGCCCUAGCGAAGUCCGCGUUUGGGAGAACAAGCUGGCGGGUGCGGUGAAGAAGGUCCGUUGGGAGCGGGUUACCUACGGUGGCCAUAAUCGCGUCGCUACCUUCUCGGCCGCUACGCUCGCUGUGCUUCGGGCUUUCGAGGAAUGAUCCACCUCUGCUUUUAGGCUCCCUUGGUCAUGUAUAGAUUUGUUGCAUUUGGUUAAGACCACACGAUCUAUAGCAGACAGUGCUUUGCACCAAAA